AUAUCUCUCAACUUAUAAAUCCUAGUGCUGGCCUUCCAGAAGCCUUCAAGCAGAAAUGGGUCUUCUUCCAACCUCCUUUAUUAUAAUAUUCUUCACUUUCAGUCUCAUCUCGUUCGCACACUCUGUUCCCUUUAUAGUUUUGCACGGUAUUGGUGAUAAAUGCAGUAAUCGAGGGGUCACUCGCUUCACUGAGCUCUUAAGCAACUGGUCCGGUGCUCCAGGAUAUUGCCUAGAAAUUGGAGAUGGAUCAUGGGAUUCUUGGACCAUGCCUCUUCUUGAGCAGACUGCAAUUGCUUGUGAGAAGGUGAAGAGUAUGAGUGAGCUCGCUAAUGGUUACAGCAUAGUUGGGCUUUCUCAGGGUAACAUGGUUGGUCGAGGAAUUAUUGAAUUUUGUGAAGGAGGACCUGCUGUUAAGAAUUUGAUUUCAUUGGCAGGUCCCCAUGCUGGUACUGCUUCAGUUCCAUUCUGUGGAUCUGGCCUUGUAUGCAUUCUUGUGGAUGCUUUAAUCCGAUUAGAGAUCUACAGCAGCUAUGUUCAGGAACACUUGGCUCCCAGUGGUUAUAUCAAAAUCCCAACUGACAUUGCUGACUAUCUAAAAGGGUGCAAGUUUCUUCCCAAACUUAACAAUGAAAUCACAAAAAAUUCUACUUACAAGGAACGUUUUGCUAGCUUAGAGAAUUUGAUUUUAAUCAUGUUUGAUCAGGACGCAGUUUUGAUACCCAAGGAAACCUCCUGGUUUGGGUAUUAUCCAGAUGGAGCCUUUACUCCUGUUCUGCCUGCACAAGAAACUAAGCUCUACACUGAAGACUGGAUUGGGUUAAAAACACUAGAUGAAGCAGGAAAAGUUAAAUUCGUAAAUGUCUCCGGGAAUCACCUUGACAUCUCUCAGAAUGAUAUGAAGAAGUAUAUAGUGCCCUAUUUGGAGGACCAAGCAUCAUGCCAGCACAUAAAAACAGAACCUCCAUCUUAUAGAUGGGUUUCAUCAAUCAGGAACUUCUUUAUUGGACUAUUUGGGCUUACCGAGGAUCAAGCUUUGCUGCAAAUUCUGUAAGCACCAGCAUUUGCACCAGAAUUAGUUUUUUCUUUUUUUUGGG